UUGACCUCAGCGUUUGUAUUGUGGAAUGUAGGCUGUGGAUCUGGCGCGCGUUGAAAUAACGAUUUGUUAAUUACAACAGAUUUAUUAUACGGUUACUUUGAUUAUUCAAGGUGUUAAUCUGUAGAUCUUUUGAAGAACCCAAGCGAGUGAAAGCUUGGAUUUGUAGGAGAAAUCUGCGGGCUAGAUUGCUAACGCUAGAGUAGCGAAUUUAGCUCUGCAUUUCUGAGUAAUAACAAAUGACUGUUGCACUUAGACUUACAAGCAUGCUCGUUUCCUUUCAUAUAACACUAGUCAAUCACAGCAAUUACUUAUAAAAUAAAUUUCCUGUUAGCUUGGGCAUACAGUCCAAUCAUUGGCAAUGAACUCCAAACGCGAUAACGGGGCAAGCAGAAUCAACCCAAUGUCGAUAUCAACAGCAACAAACAGCUCACAAGCGAGCGUCUCCAGCCGUAAACACACUACAAUCAACUCAUCAAACAAAGGAGAGAAGGGUGAAUCCGUGCAACACAUAACACGGGACAAAAGCAUGUCCAUCUCCACGCUCAGAAGUCGCCUCGGUCCGACCAUCCGGUCCACUCUGUCCGCUGCGGUGGACACACUGCUGGGCGAGAUAGUGACGGUGUUGUCCGAAACCCAGCGGGAACUGUUGACCAAAGAGCAAGAGAACGAGGAACUAAAGAUUCGCCUCGAGGUCUCAGAGAGAGAGCUCAAAACGUUACAAGAAUGUCUUUGUAGCGCGCAGAAAUUAAUCGAUCAGCUUCAAGGUCCCUUUGGUAACCCACCCAUGCCGGGACAUCACAUCUACACCUCAGCUGGACCAUUAAACUCGGGUCGGUUGACUCAUCGGAGUGCACCCGAGGCAGAUCCACGCUGUUUUACUGGAGGUGAGCCGGAGUUGAGUGGUGCGUUGGGUGAUGCCAUACACGGCUUUGAUGCCAGGGAAGAAUUCAAGAGCUGCCACCUCUCCAUUCAGGCGGAUGGAACGGUGACGAACAGUUUUUAUGACCCUAUAGCCGUCCAUUCGUCUAACAUCUGCUCAGAUAUGAACCGAACUGGUGAGAUGGUGGAUGACAGCAGAAGGCUCUCACACACUAGAGCCCAAAACCCCUCCACACACACUAUCUUCUCUGUUAAAGAAGAACAGGGUCUUGCUUCUGGGCAGGUGUGUGCGCGAGUAAGAGAGCCACCCACAGCAACUGAGCACACUGCACAGAAUGUGUGUGAUCUGCCAUAUGCCCAUAUGGUCGAGGAAGAAGAAAGCUCCCGUUCACACAACCACCCUUCCAAACCGACACCACCACCCCCCUCCAGGCCUCACAAUGGACCGUCAUCCAGUAGUUCACCUCCUCAAGGGCUUAGAUCAGCCCAGAGAGAUGCCCCUGGGUUGAGUACGACAGCCAGGAUGAGCCCUGGGGUGGGUGGCUCAUCUCCAGAUGAGUCCACACGACGCUCCAUCUCUGAGCUAAUGGGGGAGGCACCUGGAGAACGCCCUCACUUGUGUUUAGAGUGUGGCAAGACAUUCCGUCUGAUCUCAAGCCUGAAAAAGCACCUGAGGAUCCACACGGGAGAAAAACCAUACCCGUGCACCGUGUGUGGGCGACGCUUCCGUGAGUCAGGAGCACUCAAGACUCACCUUCGCAUCCACACAGGUGAGAAGCCAUAUUCCUGUUCCGAAUGUGGAACGCAGUUUCGUCAUCUAGACGGCCUGCGGAAGCACCGGCGCACACACACCGGUGAAAAACCAUAUGUGUGCAGUGUAUGCGGCAAACGUCUCAGCCGGCUGCAGCAUCUAAAGCACCACCAGCGCAUACAUACAGGAGAGAGGCCGUGUUGCUGCCCACUCUGCCAAAGAGCCUUUAAAGAUCCGGCCAGUCUGAGGAAACACCUCCGUGCCCAUGAAGGGGAGCCUGGAGCAGAGGAAGCUGUGGCCAUGGCUGGACUGGCAGAGGGGGAUGGAGGUUCAAUGGAUGAUGAGGAUAUGAGGUUUGGGAUGUGGGGGGAAGAGGAAGGGAAUGAAGGGGAGCCUGUGGUGGACUGUGUGUAGUCAUGGCAACACAAGGAGUUACUGAAAAGCAAACAUGCAAAAGCCAAACUGAACAAAAAAGGUUUUGUUUUUAGAGACAUGACUUAAAACGCAUCCCCUGACUUAAGACACAUGCUGUGUUGAGGGACAAUUUUGUAAAUAUUAUUUCUCUCUUCAUUUUUAAGACCAAGAAAUUAAGUGUGUGAAAGAGGUUAUGCCUUGUCCUGGACUAAAAAACACCAUCAGUGGCAUUUU